AUGGCUUUAAUUCUGUUGUCGAAGAAUAUAAGGAUACAGAUAUUAGUAAAAGUGAUAAAGAAAUUGCGAAUCAUGCUGAAGUCGAGAUUGCUGAUACGAAAAUUGAUAAAAAUGAUGCAAAACCGGAAAAGAAGGACUCGUUUUUUUUCAGGCAUUUCCUUAUAUAGUCCAAAAAUAGAGGAAAUUGGAUUAUAACCACGCCCACUUCCCAUACAAAGGUUAUGUUGAAUACUACCACCCACUUAUGGGUCAAAAACCAUAUCUCCGAAACUACUCAACCAAUUUCAAUGAAAUUCGGUUUGUAAUAUUUCCCUUGCAUCCCAAUUAUAUGUUGUGAAAAUAGGAACAACACGCCUACUUCCUAUAUACCAGAACUUUGAACACGAUCUGAGCCGUUUACUUUACAAUAUAUAAAGUAAGAACUAGUGAAGAUUUCGGAACAGAACUUUGCACAAAUACUACAUUUAUAGAGGGCAUUGCCCUUUUAAAAAUCGUCGAAAACGGACCAUAAAUUUUUAAGGCCCCAUACAUAUAUCGAACAUGAGGAACUGAGCGCUUCUAUUUUUUUUACCGGAAAUAUAGGACGAAAUGGAUCAGUGGGUGUCCGAUUCAUUUUAUUCAUAUUUUCCUGGAUAUACGAAUGAGUAUCAGAAACGUCAAGAAAUUUUGCGAAAUCGGCAACGCGAAAAUCAAGAAAAUUUUAUAAAACAUCAAGAGAUGUUACAAACGUCUCAAAAACAAACACGUCUUGUUGCACCAACGUUCAUUCCUAGUAAUCAACUUGACCCAACUUUAACUAAACAUUGCUCUGGAUCAACUGCUAAUAUGCCUUUGCUAACUACUACACUGUCCAACGACAAGACUGAUUUAGAAAUUAUAGUAACGAAUCCUAACUAUCAACCUACGAAAUAUUUAAAUUCACGACCAAAUACCACUCGCCACAAACUUCUUCGAGAUUUAAGUCACACAGCUUUAUCAUCAAAUGAAGAUAUUUACGCCGACCGUAACGAACGUGUAGAGUUUGAAACAAAUCGAAAAAAAGAGUAUCAACGAGAAUUAAUGGAACAAAUUGAAGAAAAAAGGCGUAACGUUCAACUUUUGCGAGAAAAGGAACAUAUGGAGGAUGAAGCUUUAACAAGGCGUUUACAAGAGCAACUUAAAACUAUUAAUUUGGAGGAAAAAUUGGCGAAGGAAAACGUGCUCGCUGAAAAGAUUCGAAAGGACACAGAACAAAAUCGGCUAAUGAGAGCACAACUUCUUGCUAAGUUAGAAAAUGAUACUAAUCUUCUAAGUGACAACCAAAAUAACACAAAAGGAGAAGUCCCAGCGGACACUGGCGAUAUUAAUUUAAAGAAUGUAAAAUGCUCAGAGAAGGAGAAUUUUAACAAAAAUAAAGUUUAUAAAUACUUUAGUAAUUCAGCUCGUCAAGACAGCCGCCAUUCUUUCAAUCGGAGUUUAUAUCGAAAUUUAAGUCCUGAAAGAGAAUGUUUUCACUUGAGUGAAAAAAUUUGUCCAAAGUGUGAUGGGCCUUUGAAGAGCUAUGAAGGUCUAAAUUGCCAACAACGAAUCUCUACAAAACAAAUAGAAAACGAAGCAGUUCAAUUAAAGUUUAAAGACAAUACCAUUUAUUGUGAUAAACAGAGUUCUAGAGUUAACAGUUCAACUGAUGAAACAGUCAAGGCGGAUUGUAGAUCUGUUCAGGUUGAUGGAAAUUAUAUGGACAAAUAUGUGAACAGUUUUGUAUUAGUUUGUCAUAAAUGUGAACGUAUGUACACACUUUGUCGUAACUGCGUUGCAAAAAAUUCUGUUUGCCGAAGCUGCAAUCGUAAACUUAACGUUUGCAUGAAUUGUAGGCGUAAUUUAUGUAAUAUCUGUCUAAAUGAAAUUGCAACGGGCCAGAAUACUGAACGGACACAUAGAAACGAUACGCAAGAUGAAGAAAAUCCUUUAAAGCAAGGCGGAAAUUCAUUUCACAUAUUCAAUUUAAAUACUACGUCCCCAAAUAUUUAUGAAGAUAGUUACAGCAGUUCAUCAGUUGGCACCGUUGCUAAAGAAAAUGAAAACUCUACAUGUCAUCAUAUUAAAAAUAAUUUGAGCGAUGAGAAGCCACAAUUGCUUGCCUUCGAUAGUAUUGAAAUAAAAUUAAAUAAAAGCGAUAAGUAUUGCUAUUUAGAUGAUGAUGAGAAUUCGUGCAUUGACAGUGUCCGUCGAGAAACGGAUAGGCAUCUUUCUCGGUACUUGAAAAAUUAUGGUGAUGUGGCCUUAUUGCGGAUAGACAAACAACGUAGCAAGAGCGAAUCUCGCCAUCGUGGUACACAAACAAUCAAUUCGAACUUGAAACGCCGUGAUAUUAUGCUGAACGAGGAGCAUAAUUUAUCGAUGCCAUUGCUACGAGAAAUGCCAAAAAUGACGCGGAAGCAAUUUUUAAAUUUUCCCGAAAUGGUCGUAACACAAAGAAAACGAAAAAUCGAUUGCCUCAAGCGGAAGUGGGAGGUGCCAGCCGUACAAAAGUGCAUUAUUACUCAGAAUUCUCCCUAUAUCCUGACUCAAGUGGGCGCUAUUCGAAAGCAACUGCAAGCUGAAUGUUUGGCUGAUGCGCAGUUUAAUUCCGACGAUAGCAUAUCGUAAUCACAAUGUUUGUUUUUCUUCCCUAAGUUUAAUCAUCGCAUUAGUUUAUAAAAAUAUAUUGGAAUCAAUAAUCAACUUUAUAUUUACAAAAUAUGCUUUUGAAAAUAUUUAUUUUUAACAUUUGUAGAUAUAUUAAAUUAUGUGUUCACUUAAAAUUUUUUUUUUUUGUAUCAUAAUUUUAAUUGUACUUAUUUGCACAUGUUUAUACAGCUAAUUUGCUACGUAUAACUAUUACUUAUUAAUAAAAUUUUUUAAAGAUCA